AUGCACAAACAUGUCUCAGAAAUGGGUGGCCUUGGAGAGACGUACGACCUUAAAACUUUGGAAGAUAUCUGCGAAAAAAUGAAUGAAAUCAAAGAAUGUACCGAAAAAAAGAAGGCAUGGAUGGAACAUUGCAAUACGGAUCAUACCAUCUCUUGGGAGAUGUUUCAAAAAGGGUUCGGAUAUUUAUGUGGCGAGGGGUACAAAGAAUAUGCCCAAAAUGAAAGAUGCUUAUCAAACACCCGCGUAAAUGGGACAGUGAAGCAAUGUUCACGCACCUGGGCCCGCCAACUUCAUGCUAUUAUUCUUCAAGAUCCACCAAGGAUACAGAUGUACAAAAGAACUUGCAGGAUUUUACAAGACUAUCGCAACUGUCUACGAAAUGGCAUUGAACGAUUUUGCUCAAAAGAUGCUUCUCAUGUUAUGGUUAAAAUGUGGGAUCUGUCACUUGGCCCGUUUCGAAAGAAAAUGAUGUGCAGCAAAGAGGCACUGAUGUCUGGAACUGAAAAUGCUAUUCUGGCAGGGGCGCUGUCUUUCAUAUUCGUCCUUACUGUUGCCCUUUGUUUCCUCCGCAGGCGCUUGCCCGGUUCUGUCAGCUACAAAAGACCCUGUAUGCCGUGGAGAUAG